AGGAAGUGAGCAGUUUACAAAGUGUGGUUGUGCUGAGUAUUGGCUGGAAGAUGUCGGAAGAUAAGUUCUGCUGAGAUGAGGAUUUAGCUUAAUGCGCUGCUAAAGGUAACAUCACCUCAAUACUACCCAGUGUAUUGUGUGUGUGACCAGAGACAGUGAUGGACAAGUUUGUGAUUAAGCAAUCAAAGAACUCUGACGAUCACAAAUUAAAACAGCGUGAAGUAAAAUGCCGGAAGGACCACCAAGUGGUAGAUUUGAGAGAUGAAAGUCCAAGGAAGAAACUGAAAAGCAGGACGGAAGGAAGUGAAGAAAAAGAACCUCCGCCCCUCUUAUCUGAGCAGGAAUCGGUGAGAGAUGUUGAAUAUUCCUGGAAGCGACUGAGAACUGAGGGGCUGAAUUGUGAUUAUACCAAAAUCUUCAGCAAGCCUGAGGCAGAUGACAUAUUCUUGCAAUUGGAGAAAGUGCUGGAGUAUUUUUCAGGUGAACAGACCAAAGUACAGGUGUUUGGGAAAUGGCAUAAUAUUCCACGCAAACAGGUGACGUACGGCGACCUUGGUCUGACCUACACAUAUUCAGGGGUGACCCUGGCCCCCAAACCUUGGCUUCCUGUACUGGAGAUGAUAAGAGACAGAGUCACGCAGGCUACAGGGCACACGUUCAACUUUGUGCUGAUCAACAGGUACAAAGAUGGAAGUGAUCACAUGGGGGAGCAUCGUGAUGAUGAGAAGGAGCUGGAGCCCCUCAGCCCUAUCGCCUCGGUUUCCUUUGGUGCCUGCAGGGACUUCAUCUUCCGUCACCGAGACUCACGGGGGAAAAGUGCAACACGCCACCUGGAACCAGUGAAGCUGCUUCUUGGCCAUGGCAGCCUGCUGAUGAUGAACUACCCAACAAACAUCCACUGGUACCACAGCCUGCCAGUCCGCAAGAAAGUGCUCAUGCCCAGGGUCAACCUGACCUUUCGCAAGGUUCAGCCUCCACUGAAAAAUUGAGAUUUAUCCACCCCACCCCCCCACCGCACCACAGUGACUGCUGUUAUGAGGAAGAGAUUUUUUUUUUGUUCCAUUUUAGUUUUCUCUAUUUCUUUUUAAGCUGCUGGGUUUAGGGUUACUGCCACCAACAGGCCUUGGCCCAUCAGUAUUGGCUGAUGAGUCUUAAAACCAGCCCCUGUCUUCUGUCUCAGGUGGAUGUAAAAGAUCCCAUGGUACGAUUUUGAAGAAACGGGUAGGGUAGGUGAUCUCCACUCUCCUGGUCAAUAUUUAAUCCUUCAACCAACAUCACAAACAGCUCAGUUCAAUCAAUGUCACGUUGCUGUUUAGUGGGAUCUUGCUGUGUGCAAAAUGGCUGCCCUUUUCCUGCAUAGUGACUACACUACAAAAGUACUUAAUGAGCUGUAAAGGGCUUUGCAACAUCCUGAGAUUGUGAAAGCUGCAAUGCAAGUAUUUUUUCAUAAGUAAUUAUCCACCAGUGAUGUAAUUAUGGAGGGUUUCACAUCUCACCAUCAAGCCUGUCAGUCUGACAUUUCAUGCACUUUAUGGCAGGAUGCAUUGUAAGUGGUAUUGAGUGGGAAACUUGUAUGAUUUUUAUGCCUAGCUCCAUAACCAUCGCCCAGCUACACAGAGACCGAUAGUAGCAUCCCAUGUGUUGACACAGCUGAUCCAGCAGAUUAAGAGUCAAGCCUAGGACUCUUUGGAUUUGUAAGACCAUCUACACUGGGUGAGGGUCAGUUUCGAAACCCAUAAAAGUUGCAUUAUGGAAUUCAAAUAAGAAUCUGGUCUCCUCACCGAUCAUUUCUGUUCAAGGACAGGUCUCUACAUUGGUAAUGUAGCCUUGUCCUGGGAUUCCCUAGGUUCUCUACUGGCUAUAACUGGAGUGAGUGCAGGCCUAGUAUUACCAUUGUCAGGCUGGAGGAGAGGCACAGUUGGUUGGAGCAUGAGUUUUCAGCAUUGGGAUAUGCAAAUUUCCAGCAGAGUUGUUGGAUCAUGAUCAACAAUGGAAAUGUUGGCCAGUUUUUCCCCUCCCUAGCAUAGAGGCAUAUUGUAGCAAUCCAACUGUUGUCCCAGUUGAGAUCCGUUAACUCACUGCAUAACUGAGGAUUGAGACCAUGGAUUAACUCAGCCAGUCAAACAUUAAAUGCAGGCCACUAACAGAACAUUCUUAUAGAUUGAGAAAAUCUAACUAAAAUAUUCUUAGGGUAAGGGGUCAGCUAAUUACGACCAAGACGAGAAAUUUCUUCCCUCAGAAGGUUGUACAAUUCUCUACCCCAAAUGCUCAAUCGUUGAGCAUAUUCAAGGUUGAGAUCAGUAAGAUUUUUGGACACAGGAUAUGGGGAUAAGGCAGAAAGUGGAGUCGAAGGAAAAGAUUAGCUAUGAUCUCAUUGAACGGCAGGACAAGUGAGUCAUUCUGCUCUUACGUAAAAGACUAGCACCCAUUGUGCAGGAGACCAUCAAGGUUGAACAGUAAAAGAUGCUGGAACAAGAGGCAAUGAAUAGGUAGCAUUAGGUUUGAAAAAUAUAAUCCUAGGAAUAAAAAGACUGAAGGAGGGAGUUCCAUAACUUGGCAGUGCUGGAGAAUGAGUUUGAACAGGACAGUGUCCAAAGCAUAACUUAUCACACAAUAAGGAGUUUAGGAGGAGCAAGGGGAAGUUCAGAAAUAUUGAUAAAAUACAUAUCAACUCCACACUAAAAUGGAGAUUUGCUGUUAGCCCAAAGAAAAUUUUAAUUAAUUUGUCAGACAGAAAAGUAAUAAAACACUUGGAAAAUA